AACACUUAUUUGCUUUGUGGAUUGCACAGGUUGGUGCGUUUUUCUAAUAUUUGUGUUAAAGUGUGCUCAGAUCAGUUUAUUGUAUUUUCAGGAAGAAUAUACGAUUGAAAAGAACAAUCCCCAUCAUGGCUACCAACCACCGAGAGGCCAUUCAAAUGCAGAUCCAGCAGGACUGGGCCAACCGCGAGUACAUCGAGGUCAUCACCAACAGCAUCAAGAAGACGGCCGAGUUCCUCAACUCGUUCGACCUCAGCUGCAAGUCGCGGCUGGCCAUCCUCAACGAGAAGCUGACCAAGCUGGAGCGGAAGAUAGACUAUCUGGAGGCGCGCGUGACCAAGGGAGAAACGCUCAACUAGUGGUGACUGUAGUGUGGGACUCACGGUGAUUAGAACACUGAGACACACUGGAAACUCGCGUCGCGCGUGGUGUCUGAACAUGGUGCGGUCCCAUGGAACGUCCACUGAAGUAGUCGUCUCUGGCAGACUUCUGUACGGCCCGGAACGACUGAACUAUCAGAGUACCUGCUGCUAGUGGCUGAACCCGAGUGAAUAUUAGUUUUCCAAGCGCAAUUGGGUACAAUUGCGCUUGGAAAACAAUGACGUGCUACUUGCCGGAUGCAUUUAUCGCAGCCCCUCAGGCGACCCCCAUCGAAGUGUUGAUGAUUUGUCUUGCUUACUCCAAAAUGCGAUUUCUCUCAAGCACACUCACCUGCUCAUUGUUGGGGAUUUUAACAUUCCUCAGAUUGACUGGGAAAACAACUUUUGCAGCGCAUCUGAAGCACAUUUUGCCAACAAGUUUUUGUCUGCCGUUCAGGAUGCAUUCCUGUUCCAGCAUGUCACCAAGCCUACCAGAUUUAGAGAGGGUUGUAGGCCUAGUAUACUGGAUUUGGUGUUUACAAAUGAUGAGAAUAUGAUAACAAAGAUCAAAUAUUGUCCUGGACUAGGAAGGAGUGAUCAUGUGCUACUGAAAUGCGAUAUUGCCUGUUACAACAAAAAAUGUUCUUCUGCCGGCUUGAAAUGGAAUUUUCACCGCGCUGACUUCACGGCCUUGCGUGUAAAACUACAUGCAGUUGACUGGAGCUGUUUGUCAACCAUGAGUGUAGACGCGGGUUACAAGUGGUUUAGGAGCAAACUUGAAUCGCUGAUGAGUGAGUGCAUACCCAAAGCAAGGAGCGUCAAGUCUAAAAAGAACGUUUACAUGAAUAGCCGUUCACUAAACCUCAAGAAGAAGAAGAAGGUACUGUGGUCAGUGUACAUGAGAACGCAAGACCCGAUCGACUAUAGCAGAUACAAGAUUUGUAGAAAUAAGCUUAGGACAUUGACUCGCCAGUUAAGGAAAGAUUUUGAAGCUAAGAUAUCAGCAAACAUGAAAGUAAACCCGAAGGCUUUUUGGAAAUAUGUGAACAGCCGCCGUAAAGUUAAAUCAAGUAUUGGUGAUCUAAGAAACGACCAGGGCCAGCUUGUUAGCGAGGAAAAAGAGAAGGCCUCGCUCCUGAAUGACGUCUUCUCAGGCGCAUUCACUAUUGAAAAAACGGAUGUCGUGCCACAACUAGCAAACCGUUACACAGGGCCGCCGCUGAUCGAUAUACCAGUCAACCUUUUCACGGUGAUGGAAAAGCUUAAAGCACUGAACCCCAAUAGUGCCCCAGGAGCUGAUGACAUUCACCCCCGCGUUUUAAGGGAGUUGAGUGGUCCUCUCUCCCUUCCCUUGACAUUACUGUUCCGAAAAUCGCUUGAAACUGGGUCUAUUCCUGCAGACUGGAAGCACGGUAAAGUCAUACCCAUCUUUAAGAAAGGUGAAAAGGAAGACCCAAGAAACUAUAGACCUGUCAGCCUCACAUCUGUUCCCUGUAAGAUUCUUGAGUCGCUCAUCCGUGAUUGUUUAAUGGACCAUUUGCUGUCAAAUGACCUGCUGUCCAAGGACCAACAUGGCUUCCGCCCGAAGCGAUCUUGUGACACGCAACUGCUUGACUCUAUAGACUCAUGGAGCCGCCUGUUGGAGGACAAGACGGAGGUCGAAGUGAUUUACCUUGACUUCCGAAAGGCGUUCGACUCCGUCCCACACAAGAGACUGAUAGGCAAGCUGCGCUGUUAUGGUAUUGGUGACCGAGUGUUGUCUUGGAUUGAAUCAUUCCUGGAAGGCAGAAUGCAGCAAGUGUCCCUAUAUGGAAACCUGUCAGACCUGGUCCCUGUGCGCAGUGGUGUGCCCCAAGGCUCAGUGUUGGGCCCAUUGCUCUUCUUGCUUUAUGUCAAUGACUUGCCAGAUGCUGUCACUUCAAAUGUGCGAAUGUUCGCGGAUGACACAAAGCUGUUCUCAGGCAUCUCUUCUGAACAUGAUGUACGGACAUUGCAGGCAGACCUGAACGCCCUCGUGGAAUGGUCUAGAACUUGGCAGCUGCCAUUUAACGAGAAUAAGUGCAAAGUGCUUCAUGUUGGUGCAGCCAAGGACCGCCACUCAUUUCAAAUGGGGUCGGACAGACUGACAAACACGUCAGUCGAGAGAGACCUGGGUGUGCAGGUCGACUCAAUCUUGAAGUUUCGACAGCAAGCGUCUACGGCGGUCUUCAAAGCGUCUCAAGUUCUUGCGGUCAUCCGCCGGUCCUUCGCCUUUUUAGAUGAAUUUACCCUGCCUCUUCUUUUCAAAUCUCUCGUGCGGCCUCACCUGGAGUUCAGCAGUCUUGUUUGGGGUCCGUUCAAUAGAGCUGAUCAGAAGGCAGUCGAAAGGGUCCAAAGAAGAGCCACCCGGUUAGUGGUGAGCAUCCGCCACCUUCCAUAUCCUGAAAGGCUGAAGAGACUGAAGCUCCCGUCACUGUAUUAUCGGCGUAGACGCAUGGAUAUGAUUCACGCAUACAAGAUGCUGCACGGCCACGUUGAUACUGAUCCUUCAGAGCUUCUGGCAACGAAUCCUGAAAGGCGAACUCGGGGUCACACACUUAAACUACGGAAGCCUCGUGCAACCUGUCGUGCCAGACUGAAUUCAUUUUCUGUACGGUGUAUUAACGAUUGGAACGGGCUUCCAGCAGAAAUUGUACAUUCGCCCUCAGUCAACGUCUUUAAGAACAGGCUGGAUGCGCACUGGGAGUCGAUCUGGUACUCCACUCCUGUAACAGACUGAGUACUAAGUGAAGUUAUGGAAAUCGGCGAGAACGGGCCCUACAGGACAUCGUGCCUCUUGUCCCGAUAACACGAAGAUGAAGAUGAAGAUGAAGAUGAAUAUCGAUGCCCGCUCUUGAGCCAUGUGCUUCUUGAUAUGUGGUGAAGUAAGGGAUGACUGUAUACUGUGUCCAAAGGACGUUAGCCAGCGCAUUAUUGAAACGGUCAAACCAAGGUGAAGCCAUUAUCUCCCGACCAGAGAUUCUCGGUCGAGCGCUUCCAAUGCCAUUUCUGUUUUAAUAUUUACAUCGACUGCAAAGAAGAAGGCCAUACACUUGAAGAACUUUGUCGCUUAGUUAGUAUAGAAGCAACAACCAGUCGACAAACUUUGCUUUAUGCCGCAUGCGACCGAUCAAUCCUCAUGUUGCUUGUGUGGCCACCAUGUACAAGAUGUUUUGUUUUGUAAAGAAACAAUGACGUAGACUACAAUACAUAGAUACGUCAG